GCAUUCAAGAAAUGGCGACAACCAUGGAGAUAGACGAUGACGAGUGUGAUCUACCGACCUCCAGCAGCGGAAAAGGUGAAAAGAAGCGUUUUGAAGUGAAAAAGUGGAACGCAGUGGCAUUAUGGGCCUGGGAUAUUGUUGUGGAUAAUUGCGCUAUUUGCCGUAAUCACAUCAUGGACCUAUGUAUCGAAUGUCAAGCAAACCAGGCCUCUGCGACUAGCGAAGAGUGCACGGUAGCCUGGGGUGUAUGUAAUCACGCCUUUCAUUUUCACUGUAUUUCACGUUGGCUAAAAACACGACAGGUCUGUCCGCUUGAUAAUCGCGAAUGGGAAUUUCAGAAAUAUGGUCAUUAAUCGGAUGUAUUCAUUGUUCAAAUCAGAUUUUUCUUUGUUAUUCAGCCAUUAAUACUCAAGACAUUCAAAACUGAAAAAUUAUUUUUCCAUAUGGAAAAUAUAAUCUUUACA